AUGUACGCAAUCUACGCAGCUGUCACGAUUGCCGUGUUAUGUGCCAUAGUAUAUGCUACAUUGAUAUUAUUUUCCCACAAGCCGAGACUACCAACAUCAAGUGAAUCAUAUUACAAAACUAACGACGACUCCAACACAUUUUACGAACUACCAACUAGAAUCGACUCGGCGACUUCCAAGAGAGUUUCCAAAGUGGAGGUCAGCGUUGUUAUACCGUGUUAUAACGAAACAGAAAGAUUAGGCAAAAUGUUGAGUGAAGCUACCGAAUACCUUGAACAGCAUUACCCAAAGAAUUACGAAAUUGUUAUUGUCGAUGAUGGUUCAAGCGAUGGAACUGCAAACUAUGCAAUUAAAUUGGCAAAUGAAUACAGAUUGAAACCCCACACAAUGAAAGUUGUUCAGUUGUCCAAAAAUAGAGGUAAAGGUGGUGCAGUCACCCAUGGUCUCUUACAUACCCUGGGAAAGUACGCUUUAUUUGCUGAUGCUGAUGGUGCUACUCAAUUUUCAGAUGUGGCGAAGCUAAUUGACUAUCUCGAAUCCUACCCAAACGAACCAGCAAUUGCAAUCGGGUCUCGCGCACACAUGGUCAACACUGAUGCCGUUGUCAAAAGAUCACUUAUACGAAAUUUCCUCAUGUAUGGACUUCACACCUUGGUAUUUAUUUUUGGUAUUCGAAAAAUCCAUGAUACUCAAUGUGGUUUCAAAAUGUUUAACGGUGACUCAAUUCAAGGAAUUUUCCCUCACAUGCAUACUGAAAGAUGGAUCUUUGAUGUUGAGGUUUUGCUUCUAGGACAAAUGCAAGGAAUGAAAAUGCAGGAGAUUGCUGUAAAUUGGCAAGAAAUAGAUGGGUCGAAAAUAGAUUUGGCUAGAGAUUCAAUUGAAAUGGCAAUCGACUUAGUGGUGACGAGGUUGGCAUACUUGUUAGGAAUAUAUAAGUUGGAUGAAUGCGGCAGAGGUGGUAAAAAGAGUCAAUAG